UCGCUUCAUUACUUGUUUUGAUUUUUACUCGAUUUGUUCGUGGUACCGCCGCUGUCUUUUUUUCUUAGUUUUGUUGUUGUUGACGCCAGAUUAUUAUAUUGUUUGUUCUUUGGAAAAAACAUUGCGGUUUCGUUGAUAGCCAUAAAUAGAAAAAAACGUUCUAAAAUAUAAAUGGUAAUUUAGCGGUAGUGCAUAGCAUUUCCAGCAAGGUGGUGUAAUUCAGCAGUAGUUAAAUGUCAUCACUCCGCUUGACUCUAUGCCGUGUCUACUUAUCAACAGGAGUGUGAUUUAAUUAAGCAUUUUACUUAAGCCAAUAUCUUCAACUCUGCCUUUUAGUUUUAACUAAGCCAGCCAACAAUCACAAUACACUUACAUCAAAACUGGACUUGACAACAUGUUGAAAUUUAUACGUGGCAAAGGACAACAGCCUACUGCAGAGAGGCAACGUUUACAAAAGGAAUUGUUUUCAUAUAGAAAGACCGCUCAACAUGGCUUUCCACACAAACCUUCGGCCAUGGCCUAUGACCCCAUUGCCAAACUCAUGGCCAUUGGUACACAAACAGGGGCCAUCAAGGUAUUCGGCAAACCAGGAGUAGAAUUCUAUGGCCAACAUGCUUUGAUCAAUAAUUUGGGGGCCGAAUUGAAUGUUCAGUUGAUUGAGUGGGUGUACGGCACAGGACGCCUAUUGUCUUUGACCGCCGCCAAUCAAUUGAUACUGUGGGAACCGGCUGGUGCUACUUUGGUGGCCAUUAAAACUCUUCCCUUUGAUGGCAAACUUAAGAAGGUGUCCUCAUUGUGCUGCUCCUUGGACAAGGACAUCGUUUGGAUAGGCACUGAGGGCGGUAAUGUAUAUCAAUUCGAUUUACAAACAUUUACGGUUAGAGAACCGGUUAUAUACCAUGAUGUGGUAUUGGAACAAGUACCUCCCAGCUAUAAACUAAAUCCUGGUGCAAUUGAAUCGAUACGCCAGCUGCCCAAUGAUCACAGUAAGCUGUUGAUAGCCUACAACAGGGGUUUGUGUGUAUUAUGGGAUUUGGAGACUUCAUCUGUGCUUAGGGCUUAUAUAGCCCCAGGGCAUGGUCAGAGUGUGGGUCUAUUUGUCAACUCAACAGGCACCCAGUUUACAUGGUAUCAUGCCGAUGGUUCAUAUGCCACUUGGAACAUAAGUAGUGGAGAUCCGCCCAAGAAUGUCAACUAUGUGCCGUAUGGCCCAGAUCCCUGCAAGAGUAUAAAUCGCCUUUACAAGGGAAAGAGAGGAACCACUGACCUUUCUGUGUUUUCUGGCGGCAUGCCACGUUCGGCCUAUGGGGAUCAUAACUGUGUUUCUGUGCACGACUCCGAAGGCAAUAAAAUUUGCUUGGACUUCACCUCGAAAGUUAUCGAUUUCUUUGUUACCUAUGCUGAAUUAUCAGACACAGCUGAAGUUUUGAUUGUAUUGCUCGAAGAAGAGUUGUGUGCUUAUGAUUUGACAGACUCUAAGGUGCCUCCCAUCAAGGCACCCUAUUUGCAUUCGGUGCAUACUUCGGCAGUAACCUGCAAUUAUUUGGCCUCACAAGUAAACCAGGAGGUGUAUGACAAGAUCACCAAAGCCGGAGAGGAACAAGAUCAACACUACAGCAACAUUGAAUGGCCCAUCAGUGGCGGCGAAUUGAACGAAGACGAUGAGGAGGCUGGAGAAAAUGAACCCAGGGAAUAUGAGAUUUUACUUACUGGCCAUGAGGAUGGGUCUGUGAAAUUUUGGGACUGCACUGGUGUCGUAUUGAAGCCAAUUUACAACUUUAAAACCGCUUUGCUGUUUGGUCAUGAAAAUCAAGACGACUUGCCUCCUGCCGAAAGCUCCGAGCAGAUCGAUGAAUCUGAUCCUCCAUUCCGCAAAGCUGGUCUUUUCGAUCCCUACUCUGAUGAUCCUCGUUUGGCGGUUAAAAAGGUUGCAUUAUGCCCCAAAACUGGACGUUUGAUUGUAGGCGGCACCGCUGGCCAAAUAGUUAUAGCCCAUUUUGAAAGUGAUGAGGCCAAGAAGACUCCUCUGCAGUUUAGCGAAAUGAAUUUAGUUAGUGACCGCGAUGGCUUUGUCUGGAAGGGCCAUGACAAGUUGAAUGUGCGUGAAAACUUACUGGAUGCCAAUGCCGAUCCAGUGGGCGAUGAGGGUGUCCACAUCACAGGUGUUUUGCAAGUGUCGCCCCCGGCCAGCAUAACAUGCCUGGCAUUGGAAGCCAAUUGGGGUCUGGUGGCCGGAGGAACCGCCCAUGGUUUGGUGUUGUUUGAUUUUAAAAAUUUCCUUCCGGUUUUCAAUCGCUGUACCUUGAACCCAAAUGAUCUGACUGGUGCUGGUGAGCAAUUAUCACGCCGCAAGUCUUUUAAGAAGUCCUUGCGUGAAUCAUUCCGUAAAUUGCGUAAGGGACGAUCUACUCGCAAUAAUCCCACAAAUCAAGUGCCAACCACUCUUGAGGCUCGUCCUGUUGAGCGACAGGUUGAGGCGCGUUCCAAUGACGAUGGCAUGGGUUCUAUGGUGCGUUGUCUACUUUUUGCCAAGACCUACAUCACAAAUGUUAAUAUAACCUCGGCCACCUUGUGGUCAGCAACAAACGCCAGCACAAUCUCGGUAUUCUUGUUACAUUUGCCCCCAGCACAAACGGCUGCUACGACUGUUCCUCCCACCGGCGUUGAUGGCACCACUUCGGCUCCGCCCCAAUCCCGUCGUGUGUCAGCCCAAAUUGCUAAGGAAAUUCAAUUGAAGCAUCGUGCUCCCGUCGUAGGCAUUACAGUAUUCGAUGCCACCGGCUGUCCCGUUGACCAGUUGGGAGGAGGCAAUGGCACUGCUCCACAUCGUGUGCUCAUUGCCUCGGAGGAACAAUUUAAAAUAUUCUCUCUGCCCCAAUUGAAGCCCAUUAACAAAUACAAAUUGACUGCCAAUGAGGGAGCGCGAGUUCGUCGCAUACAAUUGGCCUCCUUCUCGUGCCGUGUGCCUGCCGAACUGGUGCAGGGAGCUCAGUCUGGUAGUUCGCCCACCAAAUCGACAAGAUCGCAAGAUCACAAUGAGGGGGCGGCCAACACCAGCAUGGCCUCGGGAAGCAAUAUUGAGAAUUACCAUGAGAUGGCUUUGGUAUGCCUGACAAAUAUGGGCGAUGUGAUGGUAUUGUCAGUGCCCGAGUUAAAGAGACAACUGAAUGCAGCCGCAGUGCGUAGAGAAGACAUAAACGGUAUAUCUUCUCUCUGCUUUACCAAUUAUGGUGAAGCCCUCUACAUGAUGUCCUCCUCAGAGCUGCAACGCAUUGCCCUUGCCACCUCGAAGGCUGUGAGCCCCCAUGGUACUAUUGAAGUUGAUCAAUUGCAGUUAGACGAGUCAAUGCAUAAUGAAAAUGCCGACAAGGAAUCAUUACGCGAAGAAUCUGCUACAGCAUCGCCAACAAAUGCCCCAGCUGCUGCCAAACGAGCUGCCACCACAGUUACCACAACGACAACCAGCAAGUCAAUUGAAUCAGAUCAUGCCGGACUUACCAAUGGCAUUGGUGAGGGCAAUUCACCCAAUAAGGCAAAUGAGACCAUUAGCAGUUCCAUAGGCGAUAUAACAGUGGACUCUGUGCGAGACCAUUUGAAUGCCACCACCACAACAUUGUGUUCCACCACCACCGAGGAGACAGUUGGUCGUUUAUCUGUUAUGAGUACCCAAACAAAUCAGACACUAACCAAUGUCAACAUGAAAGACAUUUCCGAUAUAAAUAUACCAAAUUUAAUGGAUUUGACGCCAAGCAAUACCACUGAAACCAGCACUAGUUCGGUUGUCAUCAAAUCUGUUAUAACCAGCGUUUCCCAUGAAAAGACAAAUGGCGAAUCUGAGACGAUAACUACGAAAACAACCACCCAUGAGGAAAGCCAAUUUUAAUUAAUUCCAGCAUAGCAUAUAUAUAUAUAUACACUACUAUCGAUAAUAUAUUAAAGAUCCCGACGAAAUGAAAACCAUCAUCUUAGAGGAGAGUGCACUGCUACAUCCGACGACGCGCAUGUAUUUUUUUGUAUUCAUUCAUUCGUUCUCUUAUUAGUCAGUAAGUUAUGCCUUCUUCCUGUUGUCGUCUUCAAACUCACACACACACACCCACUAAACUUUAGUUUUGUAAGAAAUGCGUCUUAUAUGUCCACAAGAACUUUUGUGGCCUCAUCCCUACAAACCCUUAAAAAAAUCUUCAUCAAUCGAUUCAUAUCAUCUUAAACUCAUGUAUCCAACCAAUCAGCCAGGCUUCUGAGGUUUAUCUACUGUUAGAGAUACUGUAUACGUAUCAGUAUCAUAUUCGUUUAACAUUGUAGCGAGAGUUUUUUUUUUUUAAUCGUAGGUCUCUUUAUAUAAAUCCAUAGCCAUCCAUAGCCUACAUAUGGAUGGCUUAUUUUAUUUACAACAACCUCUAGUAUUAAACAAAAGUACACGUUAUCAAAUAGUUUUUGACAACAAAAUGUCACAUGACUUUUUUUAUAUACAAAACACAUACAAACAUACGAUCGUUUUUUUAGUAAUUAGUUUAUUUUUUUUUUACUUACACACAAUUGCAAUUUGCACCUUAAAAAUGCAAACACUAUCGUUAAAUAUCGUUGGAAAAAAUCAAUGUUAUUUUAAGUUACACAUACAUAACAUUCAACGAGCUAAUUUCCAAGGCGAAUUCCUCAUUCCUAUUCUCUAAGCCGAUGUUUCAAGUGAACGAACGAACAAUUGUGUUGUGGAAAAACGAAAAAAAAAUCCUUAAACGAUCCACAUCGUUACAGCAACACGUCCAAUACAUUUGUGGUUUAAAAAACCCAUUGUUUUUCGUUAUUCCUCAAUAACAAGAAAAUAAUGUAUUUUAUUGCCUUUACAAAUUUAAAUCUAACUGAAAUCGAUUAAGGAAAAGCAAAUCAAAAGCAUUUAUUAACAAAUAAAAAACCGUUUUUUAAUGUUAA